AUUUACAAAUAUUUGAAAUACCAUUUUGUUGGCUCCGUAUUAAUAUAUUUCAAUAAGCAACGCAAUGGUACUAAGGCGUGCUUUUGUAGUAUUAGUUGGUUUAUUUUUUGCAAAUGCUGCUCCACUUGAAAAACCGGGGUACUCGCGUGAAGUUGAGGAAGCGUACAUCGAUUAUGAUGUAGCAGAACUUGGAAAACACUUUGAAGGUGAUAUACUGCUGACCUCAAUUCAAAAGCAAGCUAUUGAGUCUGAACCUGAUGAACGCAAUGGCCUCCAAAGCAGCACAAAGAGGUGGCCUAACCGAACUGUCGUGUAUCAUAUUGUGAAGGACGAUUUCAACGAGACACAAAUUGAAAUGAUUGAAGAAGGAAUGAACGACAUAGCAAACAAGUCCUGUAUCAAAUUUCGACUCCGGGAGAAAGACGAGCAUGCUGUUACUAUUCAGGGUUCAGCGGCGGGUUGUUUUUCAAACGUAGGCUUAGAUAAUGAGGAACAUGAAGAAGGUGAGGAAGAACAUCGACAGGUUCUGAAUCUUGCUCCGAACUGCUUCAAACAUGGAACCGUUGUCCAUGAAAUGCUGCACACACUGGGCUUCUAUCAUAUGCAGAGCACGUAUGACAGAGAUGAUUUUGUCAAGAUUGUUUGGGAGAAUAUCCGACCAGGUGUUGAGUAUAAUUUUAAAAAGUAUACAGUCGACACAGUUACCGACUUCGGUGUGCCCUAUGAUUAUGGAAGCGUGAUGCACUACACGGAAAAUGCUUUUUCUAAAAACGGCAAUAAUACCAUAGUCCCUCUACAGGCGAACGUAACAAUUGGGCAGAGAAAGGGAUUAUCUGAAAGAGACGUUAUAAAACUGAACAGAAUGUAUUGCGAGGAGUCCGGAGAACCUAUAAGUUACAUAAUAAACACCGUCAUGAGAGUAAAAUAAGGCCGAUACAUGCAACAAUUAAUCAAACGUUUCAUAAC